AUGGCUGGCUUUGGAGUUAACGAGUUGAAGCAGAAAAUCAAAAACCUCAGAUGCACUUAUAACCAAGAGUGCGUAAAAAUACAGAGGUCGAAGAAAUCUGGUUCGGGCUCUGCUGAAGUUUAUGUCCCUAGCCUAAAAUGGUUCCCUAUAAUGGAUAACAUAGUUAAAAGUUCAAAAGGAAAUAAAAAAACUGAAGACUCUGUGGAAACUGUUAUACAGAAGACUCAAAACAAUGAGGAAACAGAGAUUGAGUCAAUUAUUGAUGACCCUGAAUCCAAUUUGGAGUCAACAAUUGAAACACAUGUACAGCCUACGCGGGAGAAAUUGUCCGUCAACAGGUUGGCAUCAGAAAAGGCCAAAGAAAAGCCAAGUAUUAAGAAGAGGAAGAUAGAACAUUUAGCUGAUGCAGUCAAGAAUCUCCGACAUGUCACCGAAUCCGUUUAUGAAAUAGAAAACAAUCCAAAUAAUGAACAUGAUGCAUUUGGCAACUUUGUUGCAGCUAGCCUAAAAGUAUUACCGACGGCAACAGCAUUGCUAGCUCAACAUGAGAUUCAGGGUGUUUUAAUGAAACACAGACUGAGUGUUAUCUCACAGGAGGAAUCAUGGACGCCCACUCCCACUAAUAGCUACACAGUCAAUGGAAGUCGCCGUUAUCCCACCCCUGAUUUGUAUAUUGUUGACGAAGGAGUCUACCUCAGGAAGUAAUUUUGCAAUAUGAACAAAAUGAUUCCAUCGAAGAUGCCGGUAAUGUUAACUACACCACUUCUGAUUAA